CCCCCCUCUAUCUCUCUUUCUCUCUCUAAAAAACCCUAGAUUCUCCUCUCCAUCUUCAAUCUUGGGUUCUCCUUUUAUUCUGAUCGGUCUACCUUCAAAAGAGAGAGAGAGAGAGAGAAGCAAUGGACGAUAGCUGUGCUGUAUGUGCCGAGACCCUGGAAUGGGUAGCGUACGGAGCCUGUGGACACAAGGAGGUUUGCUCCACCUGCGUCGCUCGUCUUCGCUUCAUCUGCAAUGAUCACUGCUGCUGUAUUUGCAAAACCGAGUCCAACGUCGUCUUUGUCACCAAGGCUCUUGGAGAUUACACCAGGAUGAUAAAUGACUUUUCUGUCUUUCCAUCUGAAGCAAAAGAGGGUCGGGUAGGAUCAUAUUGGUACCACGAGGACACACAGGCUUACUUUGAUGAUUCGGAUCACUACAAGAUGAUCAAGGCAAUGUGCAGGCUUUCUUGCAGUGUAUGUGACAAGAUGGGGGAUCAGCCCAGUGAUGGAUCAAGGAGAAGGGGAAAGUUUAGGAAUAUUGAGCAGCUGAAAGGUCAUUUGUUCCACCAGCACAGGUUGCUCAUGUGCAGCCUGUGCCUGGAAGGACGUAAGGUAUUUAUUUGUGAACAAAAGCUAUAUACUAGAGCACAAUUGAAUCAGCACAUAAACACCGGUGAUUCUGAGGUGGAUGGAUCUGAGAGUGAAAGAGGUGGCUUCAUGGGGCAUCCUUUGUGCGAAUUUUGCAGAACCCCUUUUUAUGGACAUAACGAGCUGUACACACACAUGUCUACUGAACAUUAUACUUGUCAUAUAUGCCAAAGACAGCAUCCAGGACAAUAUGAAUACUACAAGAAUUAUGAUGACUUGGAGAAUCACUUUAGUCGAGACCAUUAUAUAUGUGAGGAUGAGGCCUGCCUUGCUAAAAAGUUUGUCGUCUUUCAAUCAGAAGCUGAAAUGAAGAGGCACAAUACUCUGGACCAUGGAGGGCGUAUGUCUCGUUCUAAGCGUAGUGCUGCUCUUCAGAUACCUACAAGUUUCAGAUAUCGGCGGGGCAGUGAACAAGAUAAUCGUCGUGGAAUGGGACGGACGUUCCAUCAUGAUUCUUCUGAUGCUAACCAACUCUCCAUGGCCAUACAGGCCAGUUUAGAGACAGCAAAUGUCGAUGGUGGAUAUAAUGAUCCAUCAGCAUUGAGUGCGCCUGUACUUUCCAAUCAGGGAGAGACAAGUGAUAAUGAUUCGAUUAUACAACCAUUUGAACUGUUAGCUACUACAGAUUCUGAGCCACCUUCGAGAUAUCUUCAAGCUGUGUCACAGAACUCAAGGAAUGGACCUCUGGAAGAGUCUUCAUUUCCUCCUCUCCCCAUCGUACCUAAUACCAGUCAACAAAAGCCCAAACAUGAUCAUGAAGGUUUAUCUAGGAACACUAUGGCAACGCAUCUCCGCCGCCAAAACAACCGAAAGGUGACUGUCCUCAAUGCUGCUCAGGCCUGGCCUGCGGCAAGUCAUGUAUCUGUGCCAUCAGCAAUUAGUCCGGCUCAUAUUAGGCCUACAGCAAAUAAUGCUUCUGGGUUGUCAUCUAGUUCUGGCCAGAAUAAGCCAAUGACAGACCAUGGACCUGUACCAGCUAGUUAUGCAAGUUCUGUUCAGGCUCGACCCUCACCUGUUCAUGAACACUUUUCCGCUGGUUCUUUUAGUUCAUCAAGGAAUUGGGGGAGCAGCAAUAUGCUUAGCCAUUCCACGUCUGCCCCAAACCUCGUGGACACUGGAUUUUCUGACUCUUCCAUAUCGGAUUUUCCGCCAGUUUAUGCAGCGCAGCCACGGAAGUUUCCUGCAAGUGGCCAGGCUAUGCUGAACGUAGAUGUUCACACUGCAAACAAGUCCUUGGUGGAAAGAAUACGUGCUGAUUUGGAGUUUGAUCAUGAUAAAUACAGUGCCUUUAAAGAUAUAUCUGCAGAAUAUCGUCUAGGCCUAUUGGAUGCAGAAACAUAUUUGGCUUACGUGGAGCAGUUUGGCUUGUCUCAUCUUGUACUUGAGUUGGCUAGACUGUGUCCUGAUACUCGGAAACAGAAAGAGCUUGUUGAUACCUACAAUGCUACUUUGGUAAGCAAUGGGUCACGGGAAAAUAGUUGGAGAAAUGGCAGCAUUCACUUGAAAGAUGGUGAUGGUUCCAAAAAAGGUAAAGUGAAGUCAGUAGAUGUUGGAAGCAGUGGUUCAAAGGAUAACUUAGCAGAUGCCAUCAUAAGCACUGUGCGGAAACUGCAGUCAAGCUACCAGCCCUCAGAUGAAGAGGAGGUGUUAUCAAAGGAUGGGUAUCGGGCUGCCAAAGGCAAAUCAAAGAUGGUAGUUGAUGAACCGCAAGUAGAAUUUAGUUCUCCUAGUCAAACUUUAAAGCUGAAAGGUCAAAGUAAUUCUUUGUCAGUUGGUGUUGUGUCUAAUCAAAUUUUGGGGGAUGGAGGUGGUAAAAGUAAGCAACGUAAGAAAACCUCCAAGUUCCAUCGAGUCCGCCUUGGUGAUGGCUCAGUGGCAGCACUUUUAGAUCUUAAAAAUUCUGAUCCUGCUGAUCCAAAUCCAGAUUUAGAGGAGGAGGUAGCAGUAGAUGGGUCCAAGAACUCGACUGAAGGUUUGCCUGUGCAUGGUGUUUGGCGAAAUGGUGGAGGUCAAAGGCUUUUGGCGAAGAAAUCAAGAGACCCCAAAACAUAAUGCACUUUGCAAUUUCUUUUUCUUUUGGCAAAAAGGUACCAGCAAUUAAUGACUAAGUUGUCUUAAGGAAACCUACAUCUUCCGGAGCUGGCUUAUCUGAUUUUGUUGUCUAGGCAUGGUAAUUAUGGUUUCAGAACAGAGUUUUCUUGAGUUGAACAGAAUUUGCCUGAAGCGGCUAUAAUCUAUGCCUCGGUCAAGGUAUGUCCUGGUCAUUAUAAGUAUUCACGUGUGUUGAGACUAGUUUGUAUAAUCUAGGCCUCAGUCACAGUGUUGGGUUGGCAGUUCUGCUUCAAUUUUAUACGUAGCCUUGGAUAUAUUGGCAACUCAUUUAGUGCUAUAUGUGUUUUCAAUUUUUUGGUAUUUGUAUUGCCGGCACACUUGAGAAGUGCCAUGGGAACCUCGUUUCUUCAAUUGUAAUAUCCACACAUAUAUAAGCUGUCAAAUAUUUGGUAUUCCCUAGAAUUAGAGCAUGCAUAUAUUUUCAUGUGUGUCAAAUAUUUUCA